AUGAUUAUAGGCAGUGACAAGGAAAAGACAGAUGCUCUGAAAAAGUUGAUCUACAUGAUACAAAAUGGUGAAAAAGUUGGGCAAGGGAUGCUAAUGUAUGUCAUCAGAUUUCUCCUUCCCUCUAGCGAUCACACAUUGAAGAAGACCUUGCUAAUUUUUUGGGAAGUCGUGCCAAAGACUAAUGCUCAAGGAAAACUACUCCAAGAAAUGAUUCUUGUUUGCGACGCUUAU